AUGGGCUCCUUCGAUUGUUACUGUAUCUUAUGCUCCAUCUGCAUGAACAUUGGCGCCAUCAGGAUUGGAUCGAGAAAUGGCAAGUCUUUGCGCAAGCGAGAUCGCGCGAUGGAUAUAAGGAUGGGAAGACGUACUGGGAAGAAGGUGGGACGCGGAUUUGUGUACAGCGACGAUGAGGACGAAGAAAUGGAAGAUGCGAUCGACCCCGAAGCCGUUGAGAAGCAACGCAUCGAACAGCAAGAACAGGAGGAAGACGAUGCAGAUUCGGAUUACGAACCUUCCUCGGAUUCUUCUUCGGACGACACGAAAUCUAUCGAUAGCAACGACUCCGACUUACUUACGAGAUCAUCCGAGAUUCUUGACGUCGCUCUUCGACCCCGUACCCCCGAGCCUGAGCCUGUGGAAGAACUCGAUGAUGGAAGUUGGUCGCAAGAUCCCGAGUUGGACAUUAGCGAUGAGUGGGGUCUUGACAAUUAUGCCAGUACCGAGAACACUGAGGACAACAGUUUUGAUCCUAGACUCAUCGGACUCGACGACGUCAAAUGGAUUAAUCGGGUCCGCGCACUGGCACUCAAUCCCGAGCGGAAAGCCUACAUAUCCGGUAGAGGCCGCUACUACGACUAUGGCUCUCUAGAUAUCGAAGGGCCUGGAAGAGAUCCCAAUGAUCCGGGCGAAGGUUCUUUGAACAUCACGAGCUACGCGAGUGGGGACGAACCACAAGCUUUUCCAUUCCACGAGGCAUGCUUCGACAUUCUCGCAAAGAGCAUAGGACUUGAGAGCAGAGAUAUUAAUAAGCAUGUGAUGUUGAGAACGUUUAGCGCUCUUCUUGCAAACGAAAGACCAGUUUUGGAUGUGGACUAUCAGGUCUUUUCGGGCAACGAGCAAUUUUGGCAUAAUGGAGCGGGAUCGGAGUAUGAAGUGUGCGAUCCUUCCCCCCGACCUGCUCUCCAAGAAAGUAUACAAGACAUCCUACCCUCCAACAUUUUCGGUGGGAGUCCGCAGUUGGCAAAUCUAGCGCACAAGGUGCGAACGGAUCCAAUUGCAGUCCUCCCGUACGACCUGCUUCUCGAAAUCCUUGGAUAUGUUGACUCCAAAGACAUGCUUUCGCUCAUGCAAGCCUCGCAUCACGUCAACAGCGUCACUCGUGAAGCCGCAUUCUGGAAACAUAUGGUACGCAUGCGUGUAUUGCCAUGGUUCUACGAGUUGCGCUACUUCGUGGAGACUGCGACCACCGAUGCGCUCGACUACAAAGGUCUUUUUCUCUGGGUGGAUGCAUCGACUCGUCCCAGGUUCGGCAUCCAGGGACCCCUCAUGCACAUAGCAAAUCGACGCCGGAUCUGGGGCUGCUGCCAGCCAGUAGCCUCGCUCUACAAGAAAGCAACUGGGCCGGUCGAGCCCGCUGAGCCGGCAGACUCGGACGAAGCAAAGGCGAUUCUAGACAGCUCCGUAUGCUUGCACAUGCCCAUGACCAUGUAUCCCCCGCCAGCUCAGACCGAGACCGUUUCGGCACAGUUUAUUCACUCUUGGAAUGAGAUUACUCAUCGUGCUUGCGUUUUGGACACCUACUGGCGCCAGAUUAACAACAGCCACGACUACUUAGUGGGAAUUUCCGUCACCUUGGGUGACCAAACAAGACUUUUUGGCAGCUCUGAUGGAUUUACUGGACUUCCGUUUCAUCUUGAUCGUGGGGAGUGGAUCAAGGAGAUCGUCUGCUGUAUCGAAGAUAUUGUGAAUCAGACCGGGCCUCAUGGGAAGCCUGAGGAUCCUUGGCCAUCCAAGACUGCUAUGAUCAGCGGUAUCUCUGUGACACUGAAUAAUGGGAGAAAAAAAGGCUUGCACCGGAGUUACGCUGGUGUACGGAGGCCGUUCCAAGUGUUGGAUGGCAUGCAUUUAGUAGGAAUGGCGGGUCAAAUUGCUUCGAAUGGAGCUAUCUCACGUCUCGGUCUUCUUCAAGCAUGCAGACCGGACUCAGCACCACUCGCUCAGCCGCGAUAUACAUCCGCUCAGCAGAUGGCAUGGGGAAAGCUUGGAUCAUCGCUACCCUACAAUCGUGAUGGUCAAAAGUAUCCUGACCAUGCUUCGGUCUGGGCGCAUCCUACGAUCCAUUUCGAGUCCUUCCCCACUUCUACCCACCCCAUACCAUACGAACUCCCCCAGGAUAUGAUGCCCAACGAUGUGUUCAUGUGGAACAAGAAAAACACAGGUAUUGAAUGCUUUCAGCCCGUUGCAACGAGUAUCUCCAUGCCUCACGAUUCGACCGCUCUACCCAGCUCCCUCCCUGCGACCAACAUAUCGUCACCGUCCUACCAACUCCACACCGGUAUCGAUAUCGUCGGCAUCAACCCCGGCCCUCAUGACAUGUGGGGUAAUCGCGGCCGCAUGGUCGGCCGUCGCGGACCCGUCCUAUGUCAAUCCCCCAAAUGGGCGCACGACAUGACUGAGCCUCUCCGAGAAUCCCUCAAAGCCGCAUGGCAAGAUAUGAAUAAGACAGGCAGUGGUCCACACCCUUACCAACUACAAAACACCGUCACUUUCCCGCUGAACCAGGAAGACAUCACUGAAGUCCACGUCGAGCAGCAGUACCGCGCUCUCAAACUUGUUACGCAGAGUGGUCGGGUUGGCUACUUUGGCGAGCCGGAUAUGCGCGAUUGGUUCGUGAGGAAGGCGGCGGGUGGAGAGCGGAUUGUGGGGAUUAGUGCGUGUUUUGGGGCGUUGGGUGGGUGGAGUGAGUCGGCGAAGAUGUGGAGUCAUCUCAAGUUGAGUCGCGUGGGGGUGGUGUUUGAGAGGGUUGAUGGAGAGGGGAGGGUGAUUGGUAAGGAGGAAGAGAAGAAGAUGAGGGAGAAGGGUGUGGUGUUUGAGGAGGGUAAAGUUUUCAUGUGCUCAGAGUAG